GAGUUAAGUUAGGUAGGUAACCUUGACACGUCCCUCAUUCGUUCUCUGUUUGGCUAUCACAGGUAUCUCAUUAGGAAGAGGAAGGUGCCGUAGCACAAGAUCCAAUUGUUUUUUGACAAUAUGACGCAGGGAACAAUCUCAACUUGAACCCGCUAUCUAACUGCUGCCGGCCACGCCUCGCCUCGACCCGUGAACCUGAACUCUUUAGUACUAGAGGCCCCGUUGUCUUUUCUAUCCUUUCUCUCUUUUGAUUCUUGGACUCUUUUUCCCUUCCCAACAACCAUUCGAGAUACCCAUUCCUUUUAUUCAUCGCUAUCAUGGCGCCUAGCGCUGUAUCUCCCACAAGGGAGUCCAAUCCUGAGCCCUUGGCAACCCUAACCUCUAAAUUCGAUGAUACCCUUCGAUUCUAUCUUAACGGAACCAAAGUCGUUCUGGACGACAUAGAUCCAGAGGUCACAGUCUUGGAAUAUCUACGAGGAAUCGGUCUCACAGGGACAAAACUUGGCUGUGGCGAAGGCGGUUGCGGAGCUUGCACAAUCGUGGUCAGCCAGUAUAACCCAACAACCAACAAGAUCUACCAUGCCAGUGUCAAUGCAUGUCUAGCUCCUCUCGUCAGUUUAGACGGCAAACAUGUCGUUACUGUUGAAGGUAUCGGUAGCUCCCAGAAGCCCCACCCAACUCAGGAGCGUAUUGCCAAGUCUAAUGGCAGCCAAUGUGGUUUCUGUACUCCUGGUAUUGUGAUGAGCUUGUAUGCUUUACUGCGAAACAACGACUCACCCUCCAAAGAUGAUGUCGAGGAGGCGUUUGAUGGCAACUUGUGUCGAUGUACUGGCUACCGUUCCAUACUAGAUGCGGCUCAAACGUUCAGUGUUGAUAAGCCGGGUAUGAAGUUUAAGAAAGCAGGGGGCACUGGAUGUUGCAUGGAGAACGGUAACGGUCCACCCAGCGGAGGUUGCUGUAUGGACAAGGCAAACCUUGAUGAUGCACCAAUCAAAAGGUUCACCCCUCCGGGGUUCAUCGAGUACAACCCAGACACGGAGCUUAUCUUCCCACCCGCUCUCAAGAGACACGAGCUACGGCCUCUGGCAUUCGGAAACAAGAGGCGGAGAUGGUAUCGCCCUGUCACCGUUGAACAGCUCCUGCAGAUCAAGAGUGCUCAUCCUCAAGCCAAGAUUAUCGGUGGAAGCACAGAGACUCAGAUCGAAACAAAGUUCAAGGCUUUGGAGUACCCUGUGUCAGUUUAUGUUGGCGAUAUUGCCGAGUUGCGGCAGUACACUUUCAAGGAGGAUCACCUUGAGAUCGGUGGCAAUGUUAUCCUGACUGACCUUGAGAGUAUCUGCGAGCAUGCUAUCCCUCAUUAUGGACGGGAACGUGCCCAGGUAUUUGAGGCUAUGCUCAAGCAGCUCAAGUUCUUUGCUGGUCGACAAAUUCGAAACGUUGGUACUCCUGCUGGUAACUUGGUCACAGCAUCGCCAAUCUCAGAUCUCAAUCCCGUAUUCUGGGCUGCGAAUGCUGUGUUAGUGGCCAAGUCAUCCACCAAGGAGACGGAGAUCCCUGUUGCCCAAUUCUUUACAGGUUAUCGAAAGACAGCACUCGCACAGGAUGCGAUCAUUGCGUCAAUCCGAAUUCCAGUCACUCAAAGCAAGGGCGAAUUCUUCAGGGCAUACAAGCAGGCCAAGAGAAAGGAUGACGAUAUCGCUAUUGUCACUGGAGCUCUGCGGGUUCGCUUGGAUGAUGAAGGCAUCGUUCGAGAGGCAGCCCUCAUUUAUGGUGGCAUGGCUGCUAUGACGGCUGCUGCCAAAACAGCAAUGGAAUACCUUGUCGGACGACGAUUCGCCGACUUAGAGACUUUGGAGGGAACCAUGAACGCUCUUGGUCGCGACUUUGACUUGCAAUUUAGUGUUCCGGGUGGCAUGGCGUCUUACCGAAAGUCUUUGGCCUUUGGAUUCUUCUACCGAUUUUACCAUGACAUUCUGACAAUUCUCGAUGGAAGCUCAGAGCAGGUCGACAAGGAGGCUAUUGACGAGAUUGAGCGAGAUUUGUCCAGUGGAGCAGUCGAUGAAGACGCUGCUGUGGCUUAUAAGAAGGAGGUAACUGGCAAAUCUAACCCCCAUCUGGCUGCUCUCAAGCAAACAACAGGCGAGGCGCAAUACACCGACGAUAUUCCUGCCAUGAAGAACGAGCUUCACGCCUGUUAUGUUCUUUCAAAACGAGCACACGCCAAGAUCAUCUCUAUCGACUACUCUGCCGCUUUGGAUAUUCCGGGAGUAGUGGAUGUUGUUGAUAAGGAUGACAUGCCAAACCCUGAUGCCAACAAAUUUGGUGCUCCUCAUUUUGACGAGGUUUUCUUCGCUGAGGGCAAGGUUCUGACAGUGGGUCAGCCGAUUGCCUUAGUUCUGGCAACUUCUCCUCUGCGAGCUCAAGAGGCUGCUCGGGCAGUCAAGAUCGAAUAUGAAGAUUUACCAUCCGUGCUCUCGAUUGAGGAUGCUAUUGCAGCCGAUAGCUACCACAACUUCUACAGAGAAAUCAAGAAGGGAGACACGGAGAAGGCUUUCAAGGAGUGUGACCAUGUGUUCACUGGAACAGUCAGAAUGGGUGGCCAAGAACAUUUCUACCUCGAGACCAACGCUUGCUUGGUUGUCCCCAAGCCUGAGGAUGGAGAGAUGGAGAUCUUUGCCAGUACUCAGAACGCCAACGAAACACAAGUAUUCGCUUCGCGAGUUUGCGAUGUACAGUCAAACAAGGUUGUUGUUCGUGUCAAGCGACUGGGUGGCGGUUUCGGAGGAAAGGAGUCACGAUCAGUGAUUCUCAGUUCUAUCUUGGCGCUUGCGGCAAAGAAGACCAAAAGGCCAGUCCGAUACAUGCUGUCGCGAGAGGAAGAUAUGGUUACAAGUGGACAACGCCAUCCUUUCCUUGGCAAAUACAAGGUCGGAGUGAACAAGGACGGUAAGAUCCAAGCUUUGGAUUGCGACGUCUUCAACAAUGCAGGCUGGACAUUCGACCUCAGUGCAGCUGUGUGCGAACGUGCAAUGACCCAUAUUGAUGGUUGCUACGACAUUCCUAACGUGUACAUCCGAGGACGCUUGUGCAAGACGAACACGAUGUCCAACACUGCGUUCCGAGGAUUUGGUGGACCUCAGGGCAUGUUCAUCGCAGAGUCGUACAUGGAGGAGGUGGCUGACCGAUUGGGAAUGCCCGUCGAAACGCUGCGCCAGAUCAACUUGUACGAGAAGGACGGCCAGACUCAUUUUGGUCAAGGCCUUGGAGAUUGGCAUGUUCCCCUGAUGUACAAGCAGGUGCAGGAAGAGGCAAUGUACGAAGCACGCCGGCAUGCCAUUACCGAUUUCAACCAAACGAACAAGUGGCGGAAGAGAGGUCUGGCUCUGAUCCCGACCAAGUUUGGUAUUUCGUUCACCGCUCUAUUUCUGAAUCAGGCUGGCGCUUUGGUGCACAUCUAUCACGAUGGCUCUGUCUUGGUGGCCCACGGUGGUACUGAGAUGGGACAAGGCUUGUAUACCAAGCUCACCCAGAUUGCAGCACAAGCACUGGGUGUUCCAUUGGACAACGUCUUCAUCUCCGAGACCUCCACCAAUACGGUGGCCAACGCCUCUGCAACAGCUGCUUCAGCCUCGUCAGAUCUGAACGGAUACGCCAUCUUCAACGCGUGCGAGCAGCUGAACGAGCGACUGGCUCCAUAUCGAAAGAAGCUAGGUCCUGAGGCGACCAUGAAGGAUCUUGCCCAUGCUGCUUACUUUGAUCGUGUCAAUCUUUCUGCCCAGGCUUCUACGAGACACCUGAGAUUGGGUAUGAUUGGAAUACCAACAAGGGCAAGAUGUUCUUCUACUUCACUCAGGGAGUUGCCGCAGCUGAAGUGGAACUGGAUCUACUGACUGGAACAUGGACCUGCAUACGCGCAGAUAUCAAGAUGGAUGUUGGUCAGUCUAUCAACCCAGCGAUUGACUAUGGUCAGAUCCAGGGUGCCUUCAUUCAAGGUCUUGGUCUCUUCACAAUGGAAGAAUCGUUGUGGCUACGCAACGGUCCUAUGGCUGGACAUCUUUUCACACGGGGUCCUGGCGCAUACAAGAUUCCUGGGUUCCGAGAUAUUCCUCAAACUUUCAACGUGUCGCUCCUCAAGGACGUGGAAUGGAAAGAGCUACGUACCAUUCAACGCAGCCGUGGUGUGGGUGAGCCGCCCUUCUUCAUGGGAAGCUCGGUCUUCUUCGCUAUUCGAGAUGCACUCAAGGCAGCACGCGCACAGUUUGGAGUAAAGGCUACGAUCGGCGAUGACUCUUGUGAGGGGCUCCUGCGGCUCGAGAGUCCAGCGACACCUGAAAGGAUCCGAUUGGCGUGUGAAGAUGAGAUUAUGCGCAAGGCGAGAGUCUUGCCCAAGGAAGGAGAGAGGAGUUUCUUUGUUGCGAUCUAGUCUGAUACAUGACCUUUCUAGGAGGAACUAUGAGGUCUAGCCAGGAUUUUGGUGUCUGGGAUACUUGUUACUAUUGGAGUUAAGAUUGACAUGGCCAGGCACACUUUACGAGUAAUAUGAAAUGGAUAUCAUGUUUGUAUGGCAGAAUCUUUGACCUUGGUGAUGCACGUGCGUCUUGGCCCAAGUAAAAACGAAGUUAACAACAGAAUAUGGAUCAAA